AAUUUUUUGCUUUGUGGACCAGCCCGGUCCGUGACAGCCCACUUUUCUUUUCCCUCCUCUCGUGCGCGAGGACGAACUCAUGACACACACACGCAAAACCACGCACAUACACUCAGGCACACACAGAUUCCAAUAAAAGUUGAGCUCAAGCGUAGGACUGUCGUUGAUGCAGGCGAGCAUGGCCGGCGGUUCGGUGUCGGAGUGCAAGGAGUACUUGUUCAAAGUGCUGGUGAUCGGGGAAUUGGGGGUGGGCAAGACGAGCAUCAUCAAGCGGUACGUGCACCAGCUCUUCUCCCAGCACUACCGAGCCACCAUCGGUGUGGACUUCGCUCUCAAGGUCCUCAAUUGGGACAGCAAGACGCUCGUCCGGCUGCAGCUUUGGGACAUCGCAGGUCAGGAACGCUUCGGAAACAUGACGCGGGUGUACUACAAGGAGGCGGUGGGGGCCUUUGUGGUUUUCGACGUGACCAGGGGCUCCACGUUCGAGGCCGUGUCCAAGUGGAAGCACGACUUGGACAGCAAGGUGAAGCUGGCCAACGGCAGCCCCAUCCCCUCAGUACUGCUGGCCAACAAGUGCGACCAGAAGAUAGAGGGAUAUAACAACACGACGCUGAUGGACAAUUUCUGCAAGGAGACGGGCUUCCUGGGCUGGUUCGAGACAUCGGCCAAGGACAAUAUCAAUGUGGACGAGGCGGCCAAAUUCCUGGUGGAGAACAUCUUGGCCAAUGACAAGGGCUUGCCGUACGAGGAGAGCAACGGAGACCGCAUCAAACUGGACCAGGAGACUGUGGCGGCGGAGAGCAAACCGGGCUGUUGCUAACACUCGACGCACACUAACGGGAACACAGUUCCGCCACGCUGCCCCCAAGCUGGGGCGGGAAUGCUUUGGGAAAGCUCCAGGAGAUUUAAUGGUUUAAUUUUUUUGAUAUCUUGAUGGUCCCCAAAUAGCUUCAGAGUCUCUAUCUUCAAACCACUUUACUGUUUAUUCCACCAUUAACAAUUGAUCCUAGCCUCUAAAUACUUGAAGUUGGCUCAUCCAUUGGCCCUGGACUUUACCUGACAAGGGCUGGGGCGAUUUUUUGAUUAUUAUGAUGAUUACUUUAGACAACGGCAGAGCCAUGCUGCCUUUUAUUUGUGUUCUUGUUUGUGUGUGAAUCACUUCACUUUUGAGAGUUUUCCACUCUGUACGCAGAAGGGCUAUAAAGCCCUUUUUUAAAGUAUUUUAAAUUGCACUCUUGUUUAUGUCGCUCUGUAUUCGAUUUUACUACUGCUCCACAGUUAAGCAUUUACACUGUUAUUGUGCUGUUUGUAUAGCUGUAAAAGUGAUUUGUACAGCAGUUCUGACAUAUUUUGCUGUAUUUGCCACCAAAAAAUGCCUACGCAAUUAAAUAAAUAGAUGGAUCCUCACUCCAACAAUAUACAGGACUGUCUCAGAAAAUUAGAAUAUUGUAAUAAAGUUCUUUAUUUUCUGUAAUGCGAUUAAAAAACAAAAAUGUCAUACAUUCUGGAUUCAUUACAAAUCAAUUGAAAUAUUGCAAGCCUUUUAUUAUUUUAAUAUUGCUGAUUAUGAUUUACAUCUUAAGAAAACUCAAAAAGCCUAUCUCAAAAAAAUAGAAUAUUUCCUCAGACCAAGUAAAAAAAAGAUUUAAAACAGCAAAACAAAAUCAAACAUUUGAAAAUGUCCAUUAAUGCACUCAGUACUUGGUUGGGAAUCCUUUUGCACGGAUUACUGCAACCAAUGCGGCAUGGCAUGGAGGCAAUCAGCCUGUGGCAUUGCUGAGGUGAUAUGGAUGCCCAGGAUGCUUCAAUAGCAGCCUUUAGCUCAUUUGCAUUGUUGGGUCUGGUGUCUUUCAGCUUCUUCUUCACAAUACCCACAAAUUCUCUAAUCCGGUUCAGGUCAGGGGAAUUGGCAGGCCAAUCGAGGACAGUAAUGCCAUGGUCAGUACACCAUUUACUGGUGGUUUUGGCACUGUGGGCAGGUGCCAGAUCAUGCUGGAAAAUGAAAUCAUCAUCUCCACAGAGCUUUUCAGCAGACGGAAGUAUGUAGUGCUCUAAAAUCUGCAUUUACUCUGGACUUGAUGAAACACAGUGGACCAACACCAGCAGCUGAAAUGGCUCCCCAAACCAUGGCUGACUGUGGGAACUUCACACUGGAUUUCAAGCAACUUGGAUUUUGCUCCUCUCCAACCUUUCUCCAGACUCUGGCCCCUUGACUUCCAAAUGAAAUACAAAACAUGCUUUCGUCUGAAAAGAGGACUUUGGACCACUCUGCAACUGUUCAGUGCUUCUUUUCCAUAGCCCAAGUCAGACGCUUCUUCCGUUGUCUUGAGUUCAGAAGUGGCUUGACCAUGAGAAUACGGCGUUUGUAGCCCAUUUCCCGGACACGUCUGUGAACAGUGGCUUUUGAUACCUGGACUCCAGUUUCAGUUUGUUUCAGAGUGUUUUUCAAGGCUCAGGAAACCCUUGCAGGUGUUUCGAGUUAAUCAGACCAUUCAAGUGAUUAAUUGAAUAUCCUACUAGUAUACUUUUUCAUGAUAUUCUAAUAUUUUGAGAUAGGAUAUUUGAGUUUUCUUAAGCUGUAUGCCAUAAGCAGCAAUAUUAAAAAAGUAAAAGGCUUGCAAUAUUUCAGUUGAUUUGUAAUGAAUCCAAAAUGUAUGACUUUUUUUUUUUUUAAAUUGUAUUACAGAAAAUAAAGAACUUUAUCACAAUAUUCAAAUUUUCGGAGACAUUCCUGUACGUACAUUGUUUUGAACACUUAAAGACAAACACUUAUAUUUUAGGAAGCUGAAAGUGGAGCUAAGGAUAUAUCUGAUACGCAAUAUGCAUAAUAAAAUGCUUCAGCGCUCAUGCAUUGUUUAAUAUCCGAUAUUAAAAAAUAUUAACAUGUUUUGUAAAUCUAAUUUUAUUUUAGGUUUAUAUGUGAAAAUACGCCGAGGAGAAUAAACAUUUUUACUGAUGUAUAUUGUCUGCCAGUAUUGUUAAAUGUUCUCAUGCUGUCUCGAUUAAAUUGUAUUUAUCUUA